UUUCCCCUUCAUCACAACACCACCACCACCAUAUAAAAUCGGAAACCCCCCUCUCCAAUAAUUCUUCCCAUCACAAUCACGCAAACUUGGAAACUGAACAUGGCUUUAAACAACAAGACCACCACCAUUCUUCUGGUGGUUUACACCGUGGUUGCCACCGUCAACGUGGUGGCAGAGCUUCAAAGAUUUGAUCACCGGCCAACAAAAGCAGAUGGGUCUCUCGACAUUUUGGUGGUUGGUGAUUGGGGAAGGAGAGGACUAUACAAUCAAUCCGACGUCGCUUUUCAGAUGGGGAAAAUGGGAGAGAAAAUGAAUGUGGACUUCAUCGUAUCAACCGGUGACAACUUUUACGAUGAUGGAUUAACAGACGAUAACGAUCCUUUGUUUGUUGAGUCAUUUACUAAAAUAUAUACAGCAAAGAGCUUACAAAAACAAUGGUAUUCAGUGUUGGGGAAUCAUGACUAUAGGGGCAAUGUCUUUGCACAAUUGAGCCCUGCCCUUAAACAAAGGGAUAGCAAAUGGCUUUGUCUUAGGUCCUUUAUUGUCAAUUCAGGAAUUGUGGAAUUUUUCUUCGUGGAUACAACACCAUUUCAAGAUAAAUAUUUUACAGAAGAAGAUCAUGAUUAUGAUUGGAGAGGUAUUCUUCCUCGUGAAGAAUAUCUAUCAAAUGUUUUAAAGGAGGUUGAAAUGGCACUCGAAGAAUCAAGUGCCACGUGGAAAAUUGUGAUUGGCCAUCAUACAAUUUUCAGUGCUGGUCAUCAUGGAAACACCCAAGAACUCGUGGAUCAACUUUUGCCCAUCCUUGAGGAAAAGGAAGUAGAUCUUUACAUAAACGGGCAUGAUCAUUGCUUACAACAAAUUAGUAGUCCAAACAGUCAACUUCAAUUUCUAACAAGUGGAGGUGGGUCAAAGGCAUGGCGAGGUGAUAUCAACCAAUGGAACCCUAACGAGUUGAAGUUCUAUUAUGAUGGUCAGGGUUUUAUGACACUACGAAUUACUGAAGAUGAAAUCGAUGUCGCUUUCUAUGAUGUGUUUGGUGAAAUCCUACACGAGUGGAGUACCUCUAAGUACACACUCAAGGAUUCGUAAAAUAGCGAGAUGUGAGAUUAUGUACACAUGUACAACAAUAGUAAUCUAGUGUAUGAUCAAAUGACCAAGCUAGUAAUUGAUGCUUUAUGUAUGCAAUUAUUUAAUGUGUAUGUAAGGUCACAUGUCUUUGUCUUCUAUAAUAAGUAUAAUGGAUCUGAUGCAUUAUGUUA